UAUACGCAAUCAUAAUUUUCCUCCCAUUCUACCGAUCAGUUGCUCAGGAAAACCAAAAAAAAAUCUACAAAUUUGAAUUAAGAAAAAUUUGAAAAAUUACUAUUUCAAAUCAUACGUUUCACCUGAAAAGCAGGCGAGUAAAAAACCUAAAUACCUAAUUUUGCGAGAUGUCCAGGUUGGUUCUUUUUUCAACUGACUUCUACUAAAUCCUUCGAAAAAAUAUCGAAGUUGAUGCUGGCUAAUUCUGCCACACCUCUGUCUUAACUUAACUCCAAACCAAACAACGCCAGUUUUAAAACAGAAGAAUCUUCUCCGUUCUGGGAGGUGAUUUCGGACGAGCACGGCAUCGAUCCCUCCGGGGGCUACCAGGGGGACUCCGACCUACAGCUGGACCGCAUCAAUGUCUACUACAAUGAGGCAGCAGGGGGCAAGUAUGUACCCAGAGCAGUGCUGGUAGAUCUGGAGCCGGGAACUAUGGACUCAGUCAGGUCCGGACCCUUCGGCCAGAUUUUCAGACCUGAUAAUUUCGUCUUCGGUCAAUCAGGUGCUGGCAACAACUGGGCUAAAGGCCAUUACACAGAAGGCGCUGAGUUGGUUGAUACGGUGUUGGACGUCGUACGGAAAGAGUGCGAGUCAUGCGACUGCCUACAGGGGUUUCAGAUGACCCACUCCCUUGGUGGGGGCACUGGUUCCGGAAUGGGGACCCUUCUCAUAUCUAAAAUUCGAGAAGAGUACCCCGACAGAAUCAUGAAUACUUUCUCGGUCGUCCCUUCCCCAAAGGUGUCGGACACUGUCGUGGAACCCUACAACGCGACAUUGUCAGUGCAUCAGUUGGUGGAAAACACGGACGAAACCUACUGCAUUGACAAUGAGGCGCUGUACGACAUCUGUUUCCGUACUCUAAAGCUGACGACCCCGACGUACGGAGACUUGAACCACCUCGUUUCGGCUACGAUGUCGGGAGUAACGACUUGUCUUCGUUUCCCGGGACAACUGAACGCAGAUCUAAGGAAGCUGGCUGUUAACAUGGUUCCCUUUCCACGACUCCAUUUUUUCAUGCCAGGAUUCGCUCCUUUGACCUCUAGAGGGUCACAGCAGUACAGAAAUUUAAGUGUCUCUGAGCUGACCCAGCAGAUGUUUGACUCUAAGAACAUGAUGGCGGCGUGCGAUCCUAGACACGGAAGGUACUUGACAGUAGCUGCUAUGUUCCGAGGCAGAAUGUCGAUGAAAGAAGUGGACGAACAAAUGAUGAACAUUCAGAACAAAAACAGUAGCUACUUUGUCGAAUGGAUUCCAAAUAAUGUCAAGACAGCUGUGUGCGAUAUACCUCCUCGGGGUCUGAAGAUGUCGGCGACAUUCAUCGGAAACAACACUGCGAUUCAGGAGUUGUUCAAAAGAGUAAGUGAGCAGUUUUCGGUUAUGUUUCGCCGGAAGGCUUUUCUGCACUGGUACACAGGGGAAGGAAUGGACGAGUUGGAGUUCACUGAAGCGGAGAGUAAUAUGAACGACUUGGUGUCCGAGUAUCAACAGUAUCAAGACGCCACAGCCGACGAUGACGAAGCCUAUUUCGAAAACGGCAAUAUCGGGGGAAUGGAGGAAGAGGAACCGGGACUCGAGCCAGAACCAGAACAGGAACCGGAACCAGAACCAGAACCAGAACCAGAACCCGAGCCUCAGCCCCAACCAGAACCGGAAACAGGACCGGAGCCAGAACCCGAGCUCGAAGCGGAGUGAUAAAAACAUUUUAAUCAUAUACGCUUGUCUAAAAUUGAAUAAUGGCAUAGUUUAAACUGAGUAAGUUAUAAGCUAAAAACUGAUGUUUUUGAUUUGCAAAUUUGUAGUGGGUAAAAUCAGAAUAAUUUAUGAGUAUACAAUUACAACAAAAAAUGACCGGGAGAAAAAAUUUUUAUGGCAGCGGCUAAACCUUUCAAUCAUAUGCUUAAGCAAUCUUUCGA